AUGGCGGACGUGCCGCAGCUGCAGAAGCGGGCGUCCUUCCGCUCCACGUGGACUCGAGUCCGUAAGGCCCGGCCCCAGCUCAUCCUCAGCCGCCGGCCCCGCCGCCGGCUCCGGCUCCUGCGCUGGUGCGGCCGAAGGCGCCUGCGGCGGCGGCUGCUGCAAGCCCAGGCGGCCGGUGCGGACUGGCGGGAGGGCAGCUGGCCGGGGUCGCGCGCGGCGGCGGCCCCGAGGCCCAAGACCGCGACCUCCAGCCCAGCCCCUGUCCCGGUGCCCAGCCGGGCCCCCAGCCCGACCUCGGACGAGGACACCGCCCCGAGCUGCACCGCGAGCCUCCCCAUCCCUCCCCUGCGUCCGGCCGGCCCGGGCCGCGCGUUGCUGCUGCUGCCGCGGGAGCAGGUGCGUCGCGCGCUGAGAGCCGGGCGGGCAGAGGGGGAGGCGGACACGCAGCCCCGGGGGCCCGGCAGGGGCCGGGGGCCCGCUGCGGGUUCUCCGGGAUCCCUCCUGGCCGUGGUGCUGAGCCGCGAGUACGGAGGAGUCUCGGGUUUUACUUUUAGUGGGAUCUGUCGCGUGACUUGCCUUUAUGGCCAGGUGCAGGUGUUUGGUUUUACCAUUAGCCAAGGCCAGCCUUCCCAAGACGUCUUCUCUACCUACACCCACUCUCGCCUCACUAUCAACGCAGUGCAUUACUCGAUGCCCGAGAAGAGCAAGAAGGAGAUGAAAAGGGAAGCCCGAACCUUGCUCAGAGCUCAUCUUAACCGGGAUGACAGAUGUUGGUUGAUGAAGAAUUUUUCUCCUCUAUGUUCCAUUGUGAUGCUAGAAAAUUUGAAGACCUCCACUGUGAACUUCAUAGUCAGCCAUCCGGGUUUAUCUUACAUUUUCCACCAAGAGAGCCCAACGUUCCAGAUCAAUUCUGAGUAUUUCGCCUUGAGGUCUGUUGGCAUUAAAAAAGAGAAGAAGAAAAACGGCCUUCAUUUAACGGAGAGUGUCCUUUCAGCCCUGGAAGAGUUGGUCAACGUUGCUUGUGAGGAGGUAGAUGGCUGCCCUAUCAUUCUUGUUUGUGGAUCUCAGGACGUCGGAAAGUCAACAUUUAAUAGGUACCUGAUUAACCAGUUGUUAAACAGUAUUCCCUGCGUUGACUAUUUGGAAUGUGAUUUGGGACAGACAGAAUUUACUCCUCCGGGUUGCAUUUCUUUACUUAAUAUUACAGAACCAGUUCUAGGACCACCUUUCACCCACCAGAGGACACCACAGAAAAUGGUCUAUUUUGGGAAAUCUGCUUGUAAAAACAACUAUGAGAAUUACAUUGAGAUAAUAAAGUAUGUGUUCAGUUCCUACAAGAGAGAGGCCCCUCUUAUUGUCAACACAAUGGGCUGGGUGACAGACCAGGGGCUUCUGCUUCUCGUCGACCUGAUCCGACUGCUGUCGCCCAGCCACGUCGUUCAGUUCAGUUCUGGCCGGAGCAGAGCCAUGCCAGACCUCACCCCUGCCUACGUAGAUGACCUGGAUGGCUUGUACACAAAAAGCAAGUCCAAAGUCAGAAACCGAGGUUUCUACCUGGCAGAAUUUGCAGAGAAUUUGGAAUUUGGUGACGAAGAGAAGGAGAGUCCGGUUGCAUUUACUGGAUAUAAGCUGUUGUGUGUCCAAUCAGACUUUGCAUUUAGGAAAACUCCAAGAAAUAGGGAGUCACAUAACAGAGUUUUUCGUGACUUGGCGGUGUUGAGUUACCUCAGCCAGCUGCAGCCCCCCGUGCCGAAGCCUCUUCGUCCCCUACAUGGCCUGACACCCUAUCAGGUCCCUUUCAGUGCUGUUGCCCUCCGGGUCACCCACUCCGACGUCGCGCCCACCCACGUGCUGUACGCGGUGAACGCCAGCUGGGUCGGCCUUUGCAGGAUCCUGGACGACGUCAGAGGAUAUGCCAGUGGGCCCGUCCUGCUCGCCCAGACUCCGGUCUGUGACUGUCUCGGCUUUGGGAUUUGCAGAGGGAUCGACAUGGAGAAGAGGCUCUACCACAUCCUGACGCCGGUGGCCCCGGAAGAGCUGAGAAACGUCAAUUGUCUGCUGGUCGGAGCCAUUUCCAUUCCGCACUGUGUCCUCAAGAGCCAGCGUGGGCUCGAGGGCAUGAUACCUUACGUCACGACAGAUUAUAAUACUAGACUUCCGGGAGCAUCACGGGAAAUUGGAGCAAGAGAAGCCGAGGAAAUUCGUAAAGAGAAACAACACCCAAAAGCUAAGUUCUACCGAAAAGCAAACUGAUGUUUUCAACGAGGGAAGAAAGCUUGACUCUGCCCCCAGCCGGACCGCAGCGGACUGACGGGUGCCGUGCUCCGAGGCUGUGGGAGUUCCAGUCGGUCUCAGUGCCGUCGUGAAGCUGCGUGGCCUGGUGUGCCCUCGUCUGCUGUGUGGCUCGUCGUGCGCGAUGUUGUUUCCUAAGGGAUAAAGCAGAGGGAAAAGGUGCGCCAUUCAAACAGAAUGCGGUCGAUUCCUCGAAGCUCUUCAAGGACCUGGUUG